CACCAAGCGACUCGGAAGUACAAGCGCCCUUCAAAUCACUUGCGUAGUAACUUCACGCGUUACAGAAUACUUAUUUUACUACUACAAGCUGUCGGAUUCAUUUAUGGAGUGACGCUGUUCAUUUAUGGAGUGACGGUGUGUUACCGGAGAUCCUCUGGGAGAGAAUUCAGAGUGUACCUGCCUUAGCCUUAAUACCUGAGUGGGAGGCCUUAAGUCGAACAGUGAUGGCAGCCCCAAACUCAUCUGAGAGAAGAGCCUGCUGGGAUGCGAGGGACCUGCUGUGGAAAUGCAUGGACGAGAACAAUGAUAAUGUUGCAUCAUGUCAACGUUUUCAGAUAGAAUUUGAAGACAAGUGUCCCGCUCAAUGGGUCAAGUAUUUCACAAAAAGGAGGGACUUUCUAAAAUACAAAGCGAAAAUGCAGACGGAAGGAUUCACUCCAGCUGAGGGGCCAAAACAGGCUUCAUAACCACUGGACCAGAGAGGGCUGCACUAAUGUAAUUUGAGAAUGUAUAUUGGUGUUAUUUAUUUGUACAGAGGUGAAGGAAUUGUAAUGACAAACUGUAUAUGGUAUUUUAUUAUGGCCCUGAAAUCACUGUCAAGCAAUACUCCUCACACCCCUCACAUGCUCACAAAGUACAAUUUUAAUACUGAAAGUGUUGUUCUAAAACAAUACAAUAAGGAUUUAAACAGCUGCUCCAGUUAACCUUUCAGAAAAUCACUAAUGGUUGUGUCAAAUGACAUGCUGACAAUAUAAGCCUUUUUUUUAUUUAAAUUAAAAAAAAAAUAUAUAAUACCUAAAUAGAGCUAAAUUGGUAAAGGAUUUUUUAUACGUCAGAUAUGUGAAUAGUAUUUCAAAAAAUGUGUCUAUAUUCUUUACUAUUCAUGUGUUUUCAUUACUGUUUAUUGAUCAUUUCUUUUAAUUAAGCACUGACAAAUACAUUAAUUUACCAUAAAAUCUUGUGACUAUGCUGAACUAACUAAAUUUACUAAUUUAAUAACCUAGUCUAGAGUACAUCGACAUUUUUGACUCUCCAGUUGUUGCUACAAAAUACUUCUCCAUAACAAAAACAUCUUUUAUGUUGUGAGCCUUAUUAAUAUACAGUUGGUUUACCGAAAGAUACCUUAGUUUAAGAAAUAAAAAAUGAAUAAAUACAG